AUGCACACCGUCCCCGGUGUCGGCCGCUUCAACCAAUACGUCAAGUACAAUCUCGCAGACUGGUCGAACUUUCCCCUCGGCCUCUCAAUCAGCAACUACGGCAUCACCGCCGACCCAAACGACGAUGAACAUCCUUUUGACCAAUAUUAUGGACCUGGAAAUGUGAUUUUGAAAAAAGGCCAGCCGUUGAAGCUUCGCGUGCCGGGCGGGCAGAAAAAGUCGCCUAUUCAAGGUGCCGAGUUUACGACGGCUUAUGAUGAUGUGCUUUUUGCUUCUGUGAGGACUGUUGCGAAAGUUAGCGCCGUACCUGGGACUUGUCAUGGCUUCUUCUUCUACAAAUCAGACACCCAAGAAACAGACAUAGAGAUCCGCACAUCCUUCCCUGAUCAACUCUUCCUCACGAACCAAAAGUCCUCUGCCCGCUCUGCAGCAUCCACCUUUUCCUCUCCAGCACCCGCAGACAUGUCAUCAGGCUUCCACGAAUACAGAUUUGACUGGCUACCCGGUAUCACGAAGUUCUAUGUCGAUGGCAAGUAUGUGGGAAGCAUGAAGAAAAAUGUCCCCAAGCAGCAGGGAAGUAUGGUGUGGAAUAAUUGGGCUAAUGGGGGCAGUUGGAGCGGUGGGCCGCCAGGGAAGGAUAGCGUUUUGGAGAUCAAGAGUGUAGAGAUGUACUUCAAUCGGACGAGUAUCGAGGGUAUCAAUUGUAAAUAG